UGUAUGUCGUGUAACAAAUGGGACACACAUCGAACAUUAGUAAUUUGUUGAGUAAACUUGGAGAGUUUCUGCUUUUUUAACCCUGUACCUUUGCUCUCUCAUGAUUGAAGAAAUGUUCUGUCACAGUGCAGUGUAUCUACGAAAGUAACCUACUAUGCAAAUGUCACAUUUUUGACAUUUCAAUUGUUCAACUGACAUUGUUACGGUAGUAAAAGCUGCCACACAUCUUUCCACACAUAACUACGUUCAGACGUAUGUAAUGGAGGCAGUCAACCGGUUAGAGCACUUGUGCUCACUAAGUGUCUAUAAACCCGUCGCAAAUGUGGCACUAACUGGAAUUAUUUGCACCAUAGGACCAUCAUCGCGUAGUGUUGAUGUAUUAGAAGGAAUGAUGGAAGCAGGAAUGACAAUCGCAAGGUUAAAUUUGGCGUCCGAUUCUCAUGCAUACCACGCCGAAACCAUAUCUAAUAUAAGAAAAGCAGUUGAAGGUUACAGUAAAAAAAUUGGAUCAUAUUAUUCGCUUGCUAUAGCUGUUGAUAUUAGGGGACCGGAAAUUAGAAUCGGCAGUGUUGAUAGGGCUGGAUUAGGCGAGACCACAUUGAAACGAGGCGAGAUUUUAAAGCUAACCAUCGAUCAGGAGUACGCCGAAAAGGGAACCAACAAAAUCAUUUACGUCGACUACGAGAACAUAAUCAAAUUUGUCAGUCGGGGCGCGCGCAUUUAUCUCCACGACGGCAACAUUUCGCUUAUAUGCACUGGGGUGGCGAGCGACUAUCUGAAUUGUAUUAUCGAGGUCGGCGGGCUAUUACCGCGUUGCGCGGACGUUAAAAUACCGGGCGCGAAUUUGGACCUACCGGAUGUUUCCGAGCAGGACAAGAAGGAUAUCAAUUUUGCUGUCGAGCAAGGUGUCGAUAUUAUCUUUGCCUCUUUCGUAAGAAGCAUUUAUGGACCGAUCGAGAUUCGCAACGUUCUUGGCAAACGAGGAGAGGAUGUGUUGAUCGUAUCGAAAAUAGAAAACCACCAGGGCUUGCGGAACAUAAAGGAAAUCAUUAGCGCCAGUGACGGUGUUAUGAUUAUGCGUAUUAUUUUGGGACUGGAAGUACCUCCAGAAAAGAUCUUUCUGGCACAAAAGUCGAUUAGCGCUAACUGCACGGCUAUCGGUAAACCCGUCGUAUGUGUCACUGUAGUUAUGGAAUCGAUGGUUAGAAGAAACAAACCGAGCCGUCCCGAUAUUGCGGACGUCGCAAAUUUAAUUGUUGAUGGAAUGGACUGCGUUGUGUUAACGGAUGAGACGGCGAAGGGACCAGAUCCCGUCAGUUACGUAAAUCAAAUGGUUCUGAUUUGUAAAGAAGCUGAAACUGUGGCAUACCAGAAAGAGAUAUCAUUGAUCAUCCGGAGCAAAGUAAAGUUCCCUGUGGAUAUACCGCACAGUGUUGCACUUUCUGCAGUGGAAGCUGUUGAAAAGUGUCAAGCUUCGGCGCUGGUCGUUGUAGAUUACAAUGACAUUUCGGCAAAAUUAAUAUCUAAAUACAGACCGGGAUGCCCAAUCAUUGCCGUUACACGCAAUAAAAAGUUAAUUCCUCAUUGGCUACUGUAUAGAUCAAUAUUGCCGCUAUAUAUUAACGAACCCGAAGCGGAAGACUGGCUGGAGGAUAUUGAUAUGUGUAUAGGGUUUGCAGUUAAAUACGGCUUAAGGAAACGGUUCCUGAAACUGGGUGAUAUGGUUGUGGUAGUAUCGGGGUGGAAAAAACGUUCUUCUACUGCCAGCGCAGUGCGUUAUAUGCCUGUAGGUGAUAUUGUAGAAUUAUAA